UCACUGCGGACGUGACGAUCAGAUAAGAUUGGAAAUGAUUCUGGACCGUGAAUAUUCUCUGGAGAUAAAACCAUAUUUACUUAGCAUGAAAACGUUACAUUACAACUUUAGACGCGCAUUUAUUUCGUUUGAACGCGGCUCCAUCCUGGAGUGACGAUAUUGUGCGAGAUUCGAGGAGAAAAGAGCGUUUCCUACUCGGUCCGUUUCUGCUGCCUGUUGCUCAGCUGCGUCUGAAGAAAACCAGCAUCGAUAAGCGUCGGAUUUGUCUCCACCUGAAAAAUGCCACGGGAUAACAAGAAGUCUCUCAUUCAGAAAAUAGCCAGCCAAGCCAAUAUCACAUUUAAAGAUUUCAAUGCAUCCGCAAUUGGGGACAACAAAGUAUUAUCGGACAACCGGGGGGAUCUAAUCUCCCUGCUGACGGAAGUCAGGACUGCAGACCUGAAGAUGAAACCGAACGGCUCCCAUUCCGAACACAACCCACCUGUCACGUACAUGCACAUCUGCGAGACGGAGUCGUUCAGUAUGGGGGUGUUUCUACUGAACAGCGGGGCUUCCAUCCCGCUCCACGACCACCCCGGUAUGAACGGGAUGCUCAAGGUUCUAUACGGGAAAGUCAGUAUCAGGUGUUUUGACCUGUUGGAUAAACCUUCGGACCAGGUGCAGAGUGAGACCCAGUUCGACCCUCCGCUGCUGCCGUUCCAGAAGGACUCUCUGCGGCGGGCUGUGCUCCGGUCGACCAUGUGGUUCACCCAUGACAGUAGUCCGUGUAUCUUAACCCCGCAGAGGGAGAACCUGCAUCAGAUCGACACGGUGGAUGGACCGGCUGCUUUCCUCGACAUCCUGGCACCUCCGUAUGACCCUGAAGAUGGGAGGGACUGUCAUUAUUAUAAAGUCCUACAGACUGUUCCCGACGCAGACAGUAAGUUAGAGGCGCAGCAGCCGUGGGAGGAAGAGACGUGGUUACUAGAGAUAGGCCAGCCUGAUGGCUUCUGGUGUGAGGGUGAACCAUACCCCGGGCCCAAGGUUUCCUUCUAAUGUCGGUGUUGUAAAGGCAGGGAUACCUGCGAACAAAUAGUGGCGGCUGGAGGACUUUCAAAAGACUGAAUCACUGUGACUGUGACAUGAGAUGGAUCAGGUGAAUGAACUGCAGGUGGAUAAUGUCUCUGGGACAGGCCUUUUGUUUAAGUAUUGAACUUUCUCCUGUAAACUUCCAGAUAAGAUGUUUUCAUCCUGAACAGGCUCAGAAACUUCCUAUGCUCUGAACACCGUUUGUUUGUAACUGAAAAUAUGAUAUGCCUUGUGUGAAUAUUGAAUGUAAACUUUGAAAGCAUUUAUCAUGUCUAGUUUCCAUGUGCACACUACAUUUUCUAUCUUUCAUUGAUUUAUUCCAAACAAAUGUGUGUAUGUGUAAACACUAACUUUGUGUAUAAUUGAAAGCUUUUAUUUUGGGACAGCUGAAAGUUCUACCUAUAGCCUUACUGCAGAUACAGUGUCUUCGGAAAGUAUUCAGACCCCUUGACUUUUUUCACAUUUUGUUACAUAACAGCUUUAUUCUAAAAUAUAUGAAAUUGUUUUUCCUCAUCAAUCUACACACACUACCCCAUAAUGACAUCACAAUACCCCAUAAUGACAUCACAAUACCCCAUAAUGACAUCACAAUACGCCAUAAUGACAUCACAAUACCCCAUAAUGACAUCACAAUACCCCAUAAUGACAUCACAAUACUCCAUAAUGACAUCACAAUACCCCAUAAUGACAAAGCAAAAAAAGGUUUUUAGAAAGUUUUGCUAAUUUAUUACAAAUGUAAAAAAAUACAAUUUCACAUUUACAUAAGAAUUCAGAGACUUGUCCCGAAGCCAUUCCUGUGUUGUUUUGUCUGUGUGCUUAAGGUCGUUGUCCUGUUGGAGGUGAACCUUCGCCCCAGUCUGAGGUCCUGAGCGCCCUGGAGCAGGUUUUCAUCAAAGAUCUCUCUGUACUUUGCUCCAUUUAUCUUUGCCUUGAUCCUGACUAGUCUUGCCGGCCCUGCCACUGAAAAACAUCCCCACAGCAUGAUGCUGCCACCAUGCUUCACCGUAGUGAUGGUGCCUGGUUUCCUCCAGACGUGACGCUUGGCAUUCAGGCCAAAGAUUUCAAUCUUGGUUUCAUCAGACCAGAGAAUCUUGUUUCUCAUGGUCUGAGAGUCUUUACGUGCCUUUUGGCAAACUCCAAGUGGACUGUCAUGUGCCUUUUACUGAGGAGUGGCUUCCAUCUGUCCACUCUACUAUAAAUGCCUGAUUGGUGGAAUGCUGCAGAGAUGGUUGUCCUUCUGGAAGGUUCUCCCAUCUCCACAGAGGAACUCUAGGGCUCUGUCAGUGACCAUCGGGCAGUGGUGUAAAGUGCUUAAGUAAAAAUACUUUAAAAUACAACUUAAGUCGUUUUUGGGGGUAUUUGUACUUUACUAUUUAUAUUUUUGACUUUUACUUCACUAAAUUCCUGAAGAAAAACAUUUAAAUUUUACUUCAUACAUUUUCCCUGACACCCAAUAGUACUCGUUACAUUUUGAAUGCUUAGCAGGACAGAAAAUGGUCAAUUCGCACACUUAUCAAGAGAACAUCCCUGGUCAUCCCUACUGCCUCUGAUCUGGAGGACUCACUAAACAGAGAACAUCCCUGGUCAUCCCUACUGCCUCUGAUCUGGAGGACUCACUAAACAGAGAACAUCCCUGUUCAUCCCUACUGCCUCUGAUCUGGAGGACUCACUAAACAGAGAACAUCCCUGGUCAUCCCUACUGCCUCUGAUCUGGAGGACUCACUAAAUACAACUGCUUUGUUUUUAAAUGAUGUCUGAGUUUUGGAGUGUGACCCUGGCUAUCUGUAAAUAAAUUAAACAAAUAUUAAAAUUG